AUGAAGACCUCUGGAGCCUGUAUACUGUUGUGUCUCUUAGCACUGUCCUUGUCCCCAGCUGACUGGUUUCCGUGGGUGGUCAAUGGGCAAGAACUGGAAAGUGCAACGGGUGAAGUUAGCACCGAUGCUCUUACCAGCACCUUCGCUGCAGCUGUCACACCACCUGUGCUUCUUAGUCCUGUUCAGUCUGACAGCGAAACUACGCCGGCUUCAUCAGAUUGUCGUGAAGAAAAGUUCCCUUGCACACGCCUGUACUCUGUUCACAAACCAGUAAAGCAGUGUAUCAGCUACCUCUGUGUUACAAGUGUGCGUCGCAUGUACAUAAUAAACAAGGAGGUGUGCUCUCGCAUUGUCUGCAAGGAGAAUGAGGUCAUGCAAGAUGAGAUCUGUCGCCAGCUGGCUGGCCUUCCUUCUCGACGUCUCCGCCGAUCUGGGCAGCCCCAGCAUCUCCCUUGCAGACAGCUCCUGGAGCAGCAGCGCAGGAUGCCUGAUGCUCUGUGAGCUACCAACAGUAGGAGAGAAAAAGGAAGGGAGAGAAGAGAAAUCAUCAUCCACUACCUACAACCCAAGACAAGUCCUUCUCGUUUGUGAUUUCCCCACUGUUUCCUUGCUUCUCUGCCUUCCCCCACAUCCUCUUCUUCAGGUGCUGCAGUACACAGAGUCCCCUCUCUGCUAGUCCGUCAUGGUGGCUGUUGUCAUCU